GCCAACUAUCAACAAGCCCAUAUCACGAGAAAAUUCGCUCAUACCUACAUAUGAAUUCUAUACACACCUUUUGAGAUCUGCUCAGAUCGCGACUACCCACCUCUCGAUGUGCCAUCGGGCGUGACCUCGCUAAGCACAUGAUCUGACAAGGUAUAUGCGGCUGAUGCACUUCGACUCUGGCGACGUUCGGUAAUCUGUUCGGACCAGUCGGGAACGUCUUCAACAUUCCGGUAGCAAGCCCAGCGGCUUGACUUUAGGGAGCGGCACAGGGGUCACGGCAAUGACCCUUCUGAGUGGAGACGUCAGAGUAUACGAUCAAUCCUCCCCGUUUAUGGAAGCCUGCGAUGACUAUGGCCAGCAACAGCAGCAUCGCGGUAGAGAACAAAGCCCAACCCAAGGAAUAACCACCAGCAACAUCAGGGAUCAUUACAGACCUGUUCCCUUGGGCGAUGGAGACCAUGUUUUGUACACGAAUCCCAGCACCGGGACCCUUUCUUUGGGCUCUGAUGCAACGGGAGGGUCUUUGGAUCGCUUAAUUUGCAAGGCCCAAUUUCGUCCUCCAAUGAAUACGACGUCAACACUGCCCGUGUUAUACACAGCUGUAUCUGACACGAGAUUCGGGGUCUGUGUCAUGGCGACAUUUUCGGUUGGUAGUGGAUACGACAGUCCAGGAGAGGACAUCUUCACCAGAUCUAUCAACCCCGAUCCGUCAAUAUCUUCAGACACAGACAAACAGAUGAUUGUUCUUUACAUGAUAUCGCCAGAUGUGCUUGCCGUCAUAUCUCACGGCCUAUGUCGUCAGCAUUGCAUGAAUGCCACCCAACAUGAUGAAAAUGGCACCUUGUUGGUUGAGAUAGACUCACGGCCCAAGGGAAGUUGCAACGAGAUUGACUCUGAGGGUGAUAGUUUCGGAGAAGUGACAACAUAUCCACUCGAAAUUCGAGGACUACCAGUUGCUAUCUGUUGCAAUUUGGUGGAGCUUGCCCUGGAUUCGGGAGCUGAUAUGAUUCUCUGGGCGUUCUGCGUGCAGGGGUGGGCCCGGGCGUGGGCCUUGCGUGUCGGUCAUCAAGACACACCUCAUCGUACAGUCGUGGAGGCCAAUGGGAGUCUGAGACAGGUCGAUUCUAAGGGCGACUACAACAUGACAGAAUAGGAGCAGGUGGUUGCAGCGCCAGAUGUUUCUUUUAAAGCUUUGACAAGUGCAGAGAUUGCCCUAAAGAUAAAACCGGACACGACUGGGCAAAUACCGCCGACCUACGAGCAUGGGAGUCUUGUUACUAAGAUUAUAUUUCGGGAGUGGUAGACAAACUUUAUUGAAGACUCGAGAGGGAGCUUGACUAGUCGUUAGAGAGGAGAGACAAAGAGAUUCGGCGACGUUCCGGAAAGACCAGAGAUUGCAUUAUCAGUUGAUAGCAUCAAUAAGUAACAUGAUAGUCUAAGCAGCCGUUACAAGGAUUGUUACCGAAGAGUGAACAGGGGUUGGUGCAGCAAUGACGUUGGCGUGA